AUGGGUAGCAUAACUCAGCAACCAAAGUACACCAACGAGCCAAUUGCUAUCGUGGGUAGCAGCUGUCGCUUCCCAGGCGAUGCAACCUCCCCAUCAAAGCUUUGGGACCUUCUCAAGAACCCCAGAGAUGUCGUCUCCGAGAUUCCUUCUACCCGCUUCAACACAACGGGAUUCUAUCAUCCUAAUAGUCAGCAUCAUGGCAGCUCUAAUGUUCGUCAUGCAUACCUGUUGGACCAAGAUCCAAGAGCCUUUGAUAGAGAGUUCUUUGGCAUCAGCCCAAAGGAAGCUCAAUCCAUGGAUCCCCAACAGCGCAUGCUGCUCGAAACAGUCUAUGAGGGCAUCGAGUCUGCUGGCUACUCAAUGCAACAGCUACGUGGCUCUAACACAGCUGUCUUUGUCGGUGUUAUGUUCCUCGACUAUCAGCUUAUCUCUGCACGCGGCCUUGACAGCUUACCACAGUACCAUGCUACCGGUGUUGCCAUGUCUAUCUUGGCAAACCGGCUAUCUUACUUCUACGACUGGAAAGGACCGUCUGUGGGUAUUGAUACAGCAUGUUCCUCGAGUUUGGUGGCGUUGCACUACGCCGUGCAGACUCUGAGAAGUGGUGAAGCCAAGAUGGCUGUUGCAGCCGGAUCGAACCUGAUAUUGGUGCCCGAUCUGUUUGUGUCAGAGUCAAGUCUCAACAUGCUGUCUCCCAAUGGACGAUCCUAUAUGUGGGACAAGGACGCCGAUGGAUACACCCGUGGUGAGGGAACGUCUGCGGUUAUUCUCAAGACACUGAGCCAGGCCAUUGCUGACGGCGAUCACAUUGAAUGCAUUAUUCGAGAGACAGGCGUCAACCAAGACGGCCAAACUCCGGGUAUAACUAUGCCAAGCCCAACGGCGCAAGCAGAGCUCAUCCGGUCCACAUAUUCCAGGGCAGGUCUUGAUCUGAGACUCGAAUCCGAUCGACCACAGUACUUUGAAGCCCAUGGGACUGGAACCCAGGCUGGUGACCCAAGGGAGGCUGAAGCAAUAUCGACUGUCUUUUUUCCCAAAGGUUCCAUUUACGACCAAAAACUCACGGUUGGCUCUGUCAAGACCCUGAUAGGACAUCUGGAGGGUAGCGCAGGCAUCGCUGGUGUCUUGAAGACAUCACAAGCUCUUCAGCAUAGCCAGAUACCCGCAAAUCUCCACUUCAACACCCUCAAUCCCAAGAUUGAGCCUUUCUAUGCCAAUCUGCAAGUCCCGACUGAAACGCAGCCAUGGCCAGUUCUACCCAACAGUUGGACUCGCCGUGCUAGUGUGAACAGCUUCGGCUUUGGAGGAACAAAUGCGCAUGCUAUCCUCGAGGCCUGGGACAACAAUGGACAGGACUCAGGCAGUCAUCCGAAUAGUGAAGGUGGCCUAUUUGUGUUAUCUGCAAACUCAGCGCAGUCGUUGGCUUCGAGGGCGUCGCAACUCUGUCACUACUUGGAAAGCAAUCCUGAGACAGACCUUCGGUCUCUGUCAUUCACCCUCUUCCAUCGUGCCAACUUCGGCUUCCGCGCGGCCUUCUCCGCGACAAGUGUACAACAGCUCGCCGAAAAGCUCAAGACAGCUGUCCUAAACAAGAUCCCUCGCACCACCACCAUCCCGGAGAAAAUGCCACCUCGGAUCCUUGGUGUGUUCACAGGCCAGGGCGCUCAGUGGGCUACCAUGGGUGUAAAGCUCUAUGAAUCGUCUAGUGUCUUCCGCAGCGCUUUCUCACGAAUGCAAGACAGUCUUGAUGGCCUGCCUGCCAAAGACGGACGUCCUUCAUGGUCUCUCAUUGAAGAACUCCGUGCUCCUCCUUCGACUUCAAGCAUAGGUGAAGCAGCUGUCUCGCAACCGAUAUGUACAGCUGUGCAAGUGGCCCUUGUCGAUAUGCUGCACGCGACUGGAGUACAGUUCUCAGGCGUUGUUGGCCAUUCAUCCGGCGAAAUUGCUGCUGCGUAUACAGCUGGCUACCUCGAUGCGCACGACGCCAUUCGCAUCGCGUACUUCCGCGGAGUCCACUCGAAGAAAGCUCAAGGACCUGAUGGAUGCAGCGGCAAAAUGAUGGCAGUAGGCAUGUCGAUUGAUCAAGCUGCUGGUUUCUGCGCGGAGUGGAGAGGAACGAUAAAGAUUGCUGCCAGUAACUCGGCUCGCAGUUGCACUCUUGCGGGUGACGCCUCAGCUAUUGACUCCGCCAAAGAGAAGCUCGACGCAGCUGGCACAUUUACGAGAGUGUUGCAGGUCGAUACGGCUUAUCACUCACAUCACAUGCAGCCAGUCGCCCAGCCAUAUCUCGACUCGCUGCGAAAGUGCAACAUCAAGAUUAACAAAAAGCCUGGAAACAAUGUUGCCUGGUAUUCGAGCGUGUGGGGAUCUAACGGACGUUGCCGUACGUUUACUGGCGAGGACGCUGAGUCUCUGAAGGGCCAAUACUGGGUUGACAACAUGACCAACACUGUACUCUUCAGUCAAGCUGUCCGGAGAGCUGUGGAUGAAAGCCAUGUUUUUGACUUUGCUCUCGAGGUUGGACCUCACCCUGCUCUAAAGGGCCCUGCAACUGAGACCAUCAACAACAUGACGGGCAUUGGCAUCCCAUACUCCGGUGUCCUCAGGCGCGGUCAGCACGACGUGGAAGCUUUCUUUGACGCUUUGGGGCUCUUGUGGAAAACAUUUGUACUUCAGAGUGGACGGUCUAUCGUCAAUUUUGACGGCAUUGAGCGAGCCUUUGCUUCCAAUGGAAAGAACAACAGUCUAAGUCUUCUCAAGGACCUACCAUCUUAUCCGUUCGACCAUGAUACUGUAUACUGGAAAGAGUCUCGCCAAUCCGCGAUUGUCCGUACACAGAGUCAGAAGCGCCAUCAGCUCCUGGGCAAUGCCUCUACUUUUGGUACCGGGAAGCAGCGUGAGGUUCACUGGAAACAGGUCCUUCGUCUUGAAGAGAUUCCUUGGCUAUUUGGGCACACUAUCCAAGGAGAGAGCUUGUUUCCAGCAACGUGCUAUGUCACAAUGGCCUAUGAGGCAGCCGUUAGACUUGUCUCUCCAGCGCAGGAGAUUCAACUUAUCGAGGUACACGAUAUAGACGUCUUUCGUGCUCUGAGCCUCAAGCCUGACUCUCCCGGGACUGAGGUUCUCUUUGCGGUACGCAUUACAAGCCAAUCAGACGAGGCGAUCACGGCAAGUUGGUCUUGUUAUAGCAGCCCAGUUGAUUUUGAACAUGGCCAAAAUCUCGGAAAUAUGCCAGCUCAAGCCGAUUCUCACGUUGAAGGCUUCUUGCGCAUUGAGCUCGGUGCUCCCAGAGAUGAUAUCCUGCCACCCAGAUCGGAACCAAUUCUGCCUUUGAUUCCACUUGACAUCGAAGAGCUCUAUGACACUCUGGCUGGUCUGGGUCACGGAUAUACAGAGCAUUUCCAGGCACCUGAAAUGCUUCGUCGUUUGCACCACGCUGUUGUUACUAUGCCUCCAGGCUGGCACGAAGCGAACUCAUUGACUCGUUCCGAUGUCAACCCCGCGGCUUUGGAUACGGGUAUCCAUGGACUGUUGGCUGGUUACUCAUGCCCAGGAGACAGACGACAACGGUCAACUUACCUCCCAAGCCGUAUUGACAGCAUUCGGAUUAGCAUGGCCGCUACUGAUGUUGGUGAAGAUGGCCCUGCAGAACUGCUGGCAGAUUCCUUUGUCACGCAUGGCGAUGCAAGCCGUAUCAGUGGUGAUAUCAAUGUCUUCAACCCCGAGAAUAACAAGACACAUGUUCAGAUUCGCGGAGUGCACUUGUUAAAUCUGCCUGGUUCUCUCAGGUCAAGCCGAGAAUCUUAUCAUCAAGAUAUUUGGGAACGCGACGCUUUGUGUGGCAUUGAACCUGAUCGGAAGUCAAUCAUCUCAGACGAUAGGGCUCGAAUCAGCAAGUUGGCCAUGCGUCUAGUUCUCUUCUACUGCCAGAAGGUUCUUAAACAACUCAAGCCUUUUGAGAUCAUGCUCAUGGGAAAAGCCCGCAAGAACUUCUUGACAUGGGUUAAAGAGGUACUUAUUCCCAGCGUGAGGGCUGGAGAGCAUGAGGCCAACAAGGAAUGGCUUGAUGACACUGAAGGAGUGUUGGAUCAAGAGGUUAAGAGGCUCAAGGCCGUGAACUCAGCCGACGUCGUGCUCUUGGAACGUCUUGGACGUAACCUCACAUCCAUUACCCGUGGUCUCACUGCAAGUAUCAAAGUAGCAGAGCAAGAAAGCGCGCUUGAAAGAUACUACGCCGACAGCUUUGGCUUCCGAGAAGUCAUUACUGAUGCAGCUAGUCUUGUUUCACAACUCUGCCAUCGUUACCCGGCUAUGAAGAUGAUCGAAGUUGGUGCUGGGUUCGGCUCAGGCCUACGAGACGCGUUGGUCAGCACUGCAGGCAACCGCCGUUACACAUCUUAUACAGUUACCAAUACUCUCGAGCCUGCUGAUCAUGACUCGAAGCUCAUCUUCAAGCUUCUUGACAUCGACAAGGACCCCGUGCAGCAAGGGUUUGUCGAAGCAUCAUACGACUUGGUUAUCGCCACAAGUUCAUACUCUACCAAGGUCAGCCAGGAAACGGUGAUCAAUGCGAGACGGCUGCUACGUCCGGGCGGAUUCCUGAUCCUGGUAGCUCUGACCAACGACUAUCUCCCUGUUCGCUUCGUUCAGUCACUGCUCCCAAGAACCUGGCUGGAGACGGACAAUUCACAGCCCCAGAUCAUUCAGAUCUCUGAGUGCAAUGAUCUGCUGAAAGCGAAUGGAUUCUCGGGUGUUGAUGUCACCUACCCGCAGCACUUUUGCAGUGUUAUGCUGUCGCAGGCUGUUGACGAUGCUGUUCUUGCUGUGCGGGAUCCAAUUACGGCGACGCAGAAGAUCGACGCAGAAGUCUUGCUUGUUCUGGAUCCAUCACCUGGUACAAUUGUUGAAAACCUGGCUUCUCAGCUGGAAGGUAAGCUUGCCUCCUACACAACAGUGCGGAGGGUUUCGGGCCUUGAAAACAUCAACGUCCCCCCAGAGGCCAUUAUUCUGAAUCUCUGCGAUCUCGAUAGCCCAGUCUUCUAUCAGAUCGGCGAGUUACGCUUCAAGGGUGUGCAAGAGAUAAUGCGUCAAGCUAGCGUUCUCCUCUGGGUUACCCAAGGUGCUCGAAGUGGAGCAAAGCCCGAGAAUACUAUGGUACUUGGAUGGGGACGGUCUGCUCGCCUAGAGCGGUCUACUAUGAGGCUCCAGGUCCUGGACAUCGAGCAAGAGUCACAGGCUGUGGACCCGGAUCUCAUUUGCAAGCUAUUGCUCAAUCUUUGCAGUAGCGACUCAGAUAACCAGGACAUUCUCUUUACACUGGAGCCAGAGUUGAUGUUGAGAGAUAACGCAAUUUACAUUCCAAGGAUCUGGCCAGUCGACGGCCUUAACGAGCUCGCUGAUACGAGAUACAAAGAAGUAUAUGUGGACACUUCUUCGACAGAUCCUUUUACAGUGCUCGAUGAGCGUGGAACACUAGCAAUUGAACGGCCCUAUGGACAUACUCAAGCAAGCAAUUUGGAAGUCCUAGCAUCAUCUGUGCAUGGCUUCCGAUUUCAAGGCGAAGAGAACCUAAAGCAGCUCUGCAUCUCCAGGAAUGUUGCAGGGGAAGCAUCGCUUAUACUUUCAGACAAGGACUCGUUUGAGAUCCUUUGGCAAUUCGAGAACGACAAUGCGGGUGUCGAGUACCACCAUCAGCUUCAAUCCCUGAUAACAUCGGCACUAGCAGAGGCUACUCUUCAUAACCUUUCGGGUCACGUUUGGAUUCACGGUGCCCCUACUUGGCUUAAAAGGGAGCUGGACCUUGCAGCCUCGCGACGUGAUGAUAUUCAGUUGUUCAACACGACAUCGGAUCGCGAGCUGGUCGAGGGGAACUCCAAGUUCCUCCAUCCUUUUACUACCAAGCAUGACCUUGCUCUAUCAAAACCGAACAGCACUGGGGCAUUCAUUUGUUUGGACGGUUCGCAAGAAGGUCGUAACUUGGUCGGUUUGGUCCGCAACAGCUGGCCCAGUCUCCGCAUUGAACUACCAGUUUUGUCAUUGAACAGUUUCGAUGGAGUUGUCUUCAACGGGCUUAGCAAAGCCAUGUUCGCUGACCUGGUAGAGUGGUAUCUUAGCAGUGGCACUCCUGUCUCUGAGAAUUCAGUAGAAGGAGCCGUUAUCCCCGUUGAGCAUAUCUCCAAGGCAUUCCCAUCUUCCAUCUUGCCAACAAGCGUCCUUGACAGAACGACUACGGCAACCAUAACUGCCAAGCUUCUUCCGCCAAAUCACGAUGGCAUCUUCUCCAGUGAGAAGACCUAUCUUCUCCUCGGCCUGGCUGGUGAUUUUGGCAUCUCCAUUGCAUUGUGGAUGUUUGAGAGCGGAGCUCGCCAUGUUGUAUUGGCAUCUCGCAAUCCUGUUGUUCUCCAACCAGUGGUAGAUCAUGUUGCGGUGACAUAUGGUGCUGCCUUACGCUUCGUGGCUAUUGAUAUCUGCGACGAGCUUUCACUAUCGACUGCAUGGGCCGAGAUUCAUGAAUCCAUGCCCCCUGUAGCCGGUAUCAUGAACGGCGCUAUGCUUAUGCGAGAUCAACUGUUUGCAGACCAGCCGUGGUCGGACUUUUCAGCUGUCAUGGGUCCCAAGGUCAGAGGAACACAGAACCUUGUUACACUGCUUGACCGAGAAACCAAACCAGAGCAGCUAGACUUCGUUGUGUUCUUUUCAUCUGCAGUUGCGGUCGCUGGAAAUGCCGGCCAGACUGCAUAUGGCUCAUCGAAUUGGUUCAUGCAAGGUACAGCUAGCAACAUGCGACAACGUGGUUACCCCGGCUGUGUUGUCCACAUCGGAGGUGUCAGUGGACUGGGCUAUGUUCAACGACAUGAGAAACGCAAGAUGCUUGAAGAGUCAUUGUAUUGGCUUAUGUCUCCUGUCAGUGAGACAGAUCUACACGAUAUGUUGGCCGAGGUUAUCGCGGGCGAACGGUAUGAUCUCAUUACGGGUAUUCGUGGUGACAUCCGGACCUACACUUGGCGAGAACAACCGCGCUUGUGGCAUUACCUCCAGGCCGAAGACGACAGUGAUGAUGCUACGGCCAAAGAAGGCAGUAAUGCAUCUCUCAAAAUCCAGCUUGCUUCAUCUGUUGCUGAUCCAGAUGUUUGUCUCGAACUACUCCUUGGUGGCUUUACAUCGGCAUUAUGUGGAAUGCUCCAUAUGAAGCCAGAGGAGCUUGACACCAAUGUCCCUGUUGCUAGCAUUGGUAUUGAUUCACUUGUGGCUGUCAGGGUUAGAGAGUGGUUUAUGCAGCAGGUUGGCGUGGAGGUCUCCGUUUUGAAGGUGAUGUCUUUGAAUACUCCUUUGCUUGCUUUAUGUAAGGAUGUUUUAGCUAUAUGGAGGAAGCAGGUCAAGGCUUAA